UGCUCUGACCGCCACGAUGAGCCGCCGCAGCCACAGCGGACCUCUGGCCGCGCUGGCGGUCGCCGCACUCGCCGUCGCCUUCCUCUGCGCCGCAGCCGAGGGGUCGUGCCUCAGCUACGGGCACUCCUGCUGGGGAGCGCACGGGAAGCGCAGCGGCGGCGGCGGCGGGGCUUCCCCGCGGCUGGGCCUGGUGCCGGACGACGCGCGCUGGACCGUCUCGCGGCUGGUGGCGGCGCCGGCGCUGUGGCAGGUGGCCGCCGGCGACGCCGACGUCGACGACGUGGGGGGCGGCGUCGGCGCCAGGGGCGGGCGCCGGGGGCAGGCGGCUCCCGGCCAGCCGCUGCUCGACGAGGGGCCGGAGGCGGUGGAGGCGGAAGGCGUCCCGGAGGCGGGCGGGCGGCGGCAGGCGGGGGCGGUGCUGCUCAUGUCUGGACAGCCCCCGGCCAUCGACCUGCUGCAGCUGCUGAGCCAGGGAGCAAUGGCGCGCGCAGCGGCCGAGUGACGAACUACGUCUUCUGAGGGGAAGUCCCGCGCCAGCGGAGCCAGUGCUGCCGUAAUAUGAAAAGCCGAAAGGGGAAAAAACAAAACGACAGCUUUCAACGUCUCUGCGGCCUCCCAGCGUUCCCCCCAGACCUUCCCAAAAAACGUCCCAAAAAGUAGGAUAAAUAGAAAAAAAGUAAUAAAAACGAACUACCUUCCCGACACCCCAUUACCACAAAGCCACUCUGCAAACCCCUGCAACACAACCCGACCCUGCGUGAAUGUAUUCUGCAGUAUCGGCGCUAUCUAGAGAUCUCUUAACCGUGUUUACUUGUACCUGCGUUACCUUUCUAGUUGUCGCGCUGAUGUAUCCUUUCGCGUAAGUGUGUAAGCAAAUAAAAUUUGUCUUCUUUU